AGUUUCAGUUUCAUUUCUUUCCUUGAGUCUCUGAAGCCGUGGUUCCUUAGAAUCUUUUGUCUCAAAACUGCGGCUGCUUGAUAAAUUUAGAACUGUUAAUCCUCAAUUUAAGCGUGAUCCAACUCUUAGAAACAGAUACAAAACAAUGGAAGUGACAACAAGAUUGACAUGGAAUGAUGAAAAGAGACUGCAAAAGCAACUUGGAAAUGUUUCACUGAGUCUUCUUUAUAAGUCUAGUGUUCAUGGAUUUGGACUUAGAGAUAUGGUUCAGCGAUGCAGUCAUCAGGGAUCCACUGUAACAAUGAUUUACCUUAAAACCAAUAUUAUUGGGGUCUUUAUGCUUGGGAAUUAUCCUACAUUAAGUAAAUAUUUUGAAGAACCACAUUAUUCCUUUUGUUUUCUAUUUAGAAGUAAAGAUAACAUAACUGGAACGGACACUUUUCUUUUAAAUAUGGCACCAGAAAUUGCUGAUAAUCAACUGAUGUAUCGUUUAUCUGAUGAGACGAUUUUCUCUCUGUGUCCAAACAAUAAAACACUUUAUCUACUUAGAAGUGUAAAAAAGAAAUUAGGACUAUUUGAAGGAAGGACUAUGGAUCCCUUUAUAUAUGGCGAAUGUGAGGUUUUUCGAGUUGAAGGAGUUAAAGGUGGUCUAAGCUCCAUAAAGAGAAUAAUGAACGUCACACAGCACAGAGAUAGACUCCUAGAAGAACUCAGAGCCUACAAACCCUAUGCGGACUUGGUUUCAAAAGUUCAUAUUCUCUUGCUGGGUCCAGUUGGGUCUGGAAAGUCCAGUUUUUUCAAUUCAGUCAAGUCUGUUUUCCAUGGCCGCAUGACUCGCCAAGCACUAGUGGGGUCUGAUAUCACCAGCAUUACUGAACAGUAUAGGACAUAUUCUGUUAAAGAUGGAAUAGGUGGAAAAUCUCUGCCAUUUAUGUUGUGUGACUCCAUGGGGCUGGAUGAGACAGAGAAAAUAGGACUGUGUAUGGAUGACAUUCCUCACAUCUUAAAAGGCUGUAUGCCAGACAGAUAUCAGUUUAAUCCCCAUAAACCAAUUACACCUCAGCAUUCCGCCUUCAUUACCUCUCCAUCACUGAAGGACAGAAUUCACUGUGUGGCUUAUGUCUUAGACAUCAACUCUAUUAACAGUCUCUCCUCUAAAAUGGUGGCCAAGUUCAAACAAGUUCACAAAGAAGUAUUAAACUGUGGUAUAGCACAUGUAGCCUUGCUUACUAAAGUAAAAAAUUACAAUGAAGUUCUUCAAGGCAACUUUUUAAACAUGAAUAGAUCUAUGACUUCUCAAAGCCAGGUAAUGAAAGUCAGCAAAAUGCUAGACAUUCCUAUUCGUAAUAUCCUGAUGGUUGAAAAUUAUGCUUCAGAGUUUGAGCUGGACCCUGUAAAGGACGUUCUGAUUCUUUCUGCACUGAAGCAGAUACUGCGGGCUGCAGAUGACAUCUUAGAGGAUUUGCCACUUGCAGAAACUGUUAGCCUGUGACAUCGGUUACCUUGAUUCUGACGCUUGGCUCGAUCCUGUAUUGGAGUGCCCCGACUACAGUGCAUCUCUGUUGACAGCCUCCUUCAGACUCUGCUUUUGUUCAUGUUUUGCCUUCUGUCCUUGUAUCAGUCAUACCUCAAGUCCAAAAAGGCCAAGCCUGAGAAGUAGUGGGCUAAAAUAGGCCCUACCACAAACCACCCUGCAUAUUUCUGUAGAAAUUCUGUACAAUUUCUAGAUGUUACCAUUUCUAAUUUAGUUUCUGUGAUACCUUUCUAAACCUCUCCAGGCAAAAUUAGCUGUUCCUUUACUUAUUCCUGUAUAGCACUUUAUAUAAAGCUAUGUGAGUACUAAUCAUACUGAAUAAUAAUUAUAAAAUGAUUAUAUAGAUAUAUGCUUUCCUAAAUAGACUGUGAGUUCUUUGAGAAACAAGGUUUGGAUUUUACUUGUCUUUGUUUCCACAGAACUUAGCACAGUGCCUGGUAAUGAGCAAGCACACCUGCCUUUACUCUUCCCUCUCACCCUCCCCAGGGUGAUGAUGUUUACUUUAACAUUUUCUCCAUAUAGAAGGGAAGAUUGAGAGAGAAUGAAAUGCUGAAGAGAGAAAAUAGCAAUGAAGAAGAUGAAAUGCUUUGCUUAUCUCUGAAUAAAAAUAUGAAUACUCUUAAUAAUUGAUUUAAAUUAAUUAAAAUGAGCCAAUAUUUUUAACAACUUACAUUU